CAAGAAGAUGCGUGAAGCUUUAAACGGCCUUAUUGAGCAGAUCUGGGUUGAAAACAACAUACAACAAGCAAAUCGAAGCUUGGAUGAUUAUCAAGGCAUGGUAAACAUCAUUCAGGUUCAAGAGAAGCUUAGUUGAGGUUUCAAUCAUGUCAAGCGGUGAUGACAGAAAACACCAAGUGGAUGAUUCCUUUAUGCUCAAAGCUAUGCAACAACAAUUUCAGAGGCUAGACAUCAUGUUUGGUAUUGGCAUUGGUGCUGUUUUGAUGCAAGAGCGGCGACCUAUUGCGUUUUUCAGUGAAAAAUUGACUGGUGCAGCACUGAACUAUCCUGCUUAUGACAAGGAGAUGUAUGCAUCGGUAAGAGCUUUAAAGACAUGGCAGCAUUAUCUUUGGCCUAAGGAGUUUGUGAUACAUACUGAUCAUGAGUCGUUGAAGCACCUGAAGGGACAAGGUAAGUUGAAUAGACGACAUGCUAAGUGGGUGGAAUUCCUUGAGACGUUUCCCUAUGUGAUCAAGUAUAAGCAAGGAAAGGAAAACAUUAUGGCUGAUGCAUUAUCUCGUAGGACGUUGUCAACCUUAUUGCGUUCUAUUAUUCAGAAGAACUUGAAGAGCUGGGAAAAGUGUUUGCCGCACGUUGAAUUUGCUUAUAAUCAGAGCGUCCAUUCAGCAACUAACUGUUCACGAUUUGAAGUUGUAUAUGGUUUUAAUCCACUCACUCCUUUAGAUUUAUUGCCUUUACCUAUUGAUGAACAGGCUAGUUUGGAUGGGAAAAAGAAACCUGAAGUGGUUAAGCAACUGCAUGAGAGGGUGCGGCAAAACAUAAAGCGACGAACUGAGCAGCGUUCUAAGCUGCAACCAAGAGGUGAUGGACCAUUUCAAGUGAUUGCGAGGAUUAAUGACAACGCAUACAAGUUGAAGCUUCCUGGUGACGAUUUGAGGACAAAUCCUUUUGAGGAGAGAGGGAAUGAUGGGAAUCAAGACGACAGCAUAUCUACUACGUCAUGUGAUCCAUUACACACCCAAGGAGGUCUAGUCAUGCGAGCUAGAGCUAAGAAGAUGCGUGAAGCUUUAAAUGGCCUUAUUGAGUAGAUUUGGGUUGAAAACAACAUACAACAAGCAAAUCGAAGCUUGGAUGAUUAUCAAGGCAUAGUAAACAUCAUUCAGGUUC